AUGCAGCGACUGUGUGCGUAUGUGCUGAUCUUGGUGCUGGCUCUGGCCACCUUCUCUGAAGCUUCUUGGAAGCCCCGCUCCCACCUGCAGGAUGCACCCUUGGGUCCAGGGGCCAGUAGGGGCCAGGAGCCACGUGGGCUGGACCAGUUGGGCCCAGCCUCUCACCACCGAAGGCAGCUGGGGCUCCAGGAUCCUUCACACUUGGUAGCAGACCUGUCCAAGAAGCAGGGACCAUGGGUGGAAGAAGAAGAAGAAGCAUAUGGCUGGAUGGACUUCGGCCGCCGCAGUGCCGAGGAAGGGGACCUAGGUCCCUAG